AUGGUUGCUUCAGGGACUCCUCCAUGGGUGAAACGAAAAAAUCGAAGUUUCGAGUUCAUUGUUUUCUCUCCGACUCUCUCUCUCUUUACUCUCUCUCUUGACGGCGAAUCGUUUGCAAAGCCGAUUUCAUCCGUAAAUUUCAUUACGCAAAGAGAUGGGUCUGUGAUUAAGAUGAAAACGAGUGCUUCUUCUUUUGGUUUUGAUCCAACUUGUGUUACUCAACUCUCUUGGACUCCUAGAGCUUUUUUGUAUAAAGGGUUUCUUACUGAUGAGGAGUGUGAUCAUUUUAUCAAAUUGGCGAAAGGAAAGCUUGAGAAGUCAAUGGUGGCUGAUAAUGAUUCUGGUGAGAGUGUAGAGAGUGAAGUACGGACUAGUUCUGGAAUGUUUCUUUCUAAAAGACAGGAUGAUAUAGUUUCUAAUGUCGAGGCAAAACUUGCUGCGUGGACCUUUCUUCCCAAAGAAAAUGAGGAAUCCAUGCAAAUUUUGCAUUAUGAGAAUGGCCAAAANAAAUAUGAACCCCAUUUUGACUACUUUCACGAUCAGGCCAAUCUGGAGCUUGGUGGUCAUCGGAUCGCCAUUGUAUUGAUGUACUUGUCCAAUGUUCAAAAGGGCGGAGAGACAGUGUUUCCCAUGUGGAAGGGCAAGACAACUCAACUGAAAGACGAUAGCUGGACGGAAUGUGCAAAACAAGGCUAUGCUGGUAAAAAGUCAGAUUUUCUUAUGUAA